AUGUCUUCAUGGAACCCAUCAACGUUUUGGCGGAACCCCUCAGAGAUGUCAACCGUCGAGUUUUCCCCCGACACAAAGUCCGAUGACAGCUUCCUCAGGCAACGCUACCGCAAGCAUUCCUUAGCACCGAGCUCGCCGACCGUACUGAAGCAAAUUCGAGCUGAAAAUGGGCAACGGACGUCCCUCUGGCGUCAACUCGGGUGGCUUCUCUUAGCUUUGAUUAUCGUCUUGCCAGCGGUUCAUUAUUUCUUCAAAGAUUCAUUCAAACCAUAUCGUUACCGGACUCAUAGCGGCUACCUCAGCAAAUUCGAGUUUCUUUCUCAGUUACUGCCAGAGAAGUAUCAUGCUCCGUUGGAAGACUUCUCUGGCGUAUCGAUUGUUCCAGCCGAGCUCGAUAUCCCCCUGUACGCACCUUUCGACAAUGUAGACGUGGGAAAUCAAAACCACGACCGUCAGUUGAUCAAUUCAACCGUCUCCCAGCUAAGGCGCAUCGAGAUCAAGUUUCGGAACACCAGUCGAGAAAUGGCAGAUUUGGCAAACUUGCGAAAUGAUCACAUCAAAGCUGCCAAAACUGCGCUCAACACGCUCCGUGUAGCAGCUGAAACAGGUACCGGAAACAAAGGGACCGAUACGGAGGAGCUCAAACAAGACAUACAAACAAUCAUCGAGGCCUUGACGAAUGUGGAAAAGCACUCUGACAAAUACGAAGCAUAUCGUCAAAUCAUUCCAAAGGAUGUCCACAGUAUCAUCAGGAAUGGCACUGAGAAGCAAAAUGUCUACGCGGAGCUGAAGGACGAUGAGGCCAAAUUUCGGGUAUACUGCAAAGCAGUGGAAUACGAGGAGACGCUUGGGGAGUUAACAAGGGAAUUCAAGAUUCUUUUGAAGGCUACUGAGGAACUCGGCAAAGAGGCUACCGAGCUCGCCAAAACAAGCCUAAAGGCCUGCAGACAUGCCUAUCUCAUCGAAUCUCCAAAUUUGAAAGAGGCAGGUUGUUCCGGUUCUUAUAUAUGGUGA